CCACAGGAUGUUGCCUCGUUACCUAUUGGUGUUUGCCUGUCUCUGGGGCUCGGCUAAUUCUCAUCCAGCUGUAGGAAAUUUGGCUGGGACUAUUCGGGCCACUCAGUCCAGCCUUGCAGACUUUCUAGGAGAUGCUUCGAAUGCUGUUGAUGGAAAUGAUAUUUCUGAUGUCAGUAGGGGAUCCUGCAGUCGCACUAAAGUGGAAAUGUCUCCUUGGUGGAGACUUGAUUUCCAUUAUCAUUACCGAGUCUAUCAAGUCUCAAUUACCACCAGCAAAGACAAAGCUUUGGAAGGAGCAGAAAUUCACAUUGGAGACCAUUUGAAAAACAACGGCACCAGCAAUGAACUCUGUGUGAAAAUUGAUUCGCUCCCAGCAGGACAGACUCGGGUGUUUAACUGUAAACCUCUCGGAGUGCAUGGUGUAUUUCUCACCAUCAGCGUCCCAGGAAAGAAUACGUGCCUUACGCUGUGUGAGGUGAAAGCUUUUGGGCCUCAUGAGCCACACUUUGAUAUAGACCAUGUACAUUAAUCCAAAAUGCUGCUCAUUUGGAGACAGCCAUGUUGUGCUUUGAGCUUCUGCAAUCAAUCUGUUCCUAAUCCCGGGCCACACCCUCUGCUUUCAAGCUGUUGUACACAAGGAUUUCAGACGGGAACCUGCCUUUCCCAGUUUCUGUCACACAUCCACAAACAAACAGUCACUGAUCUCGCUGUCAAACAGUCUCCCUGGAGGAACGCCAGGCAAUCAGGCUGUGCUCAGUGACAGUGGGGAAGCAUCAUCAGAGAAAGUCUGUGAGAGACUAUCCAGGACAUGGGGCGACUGAGAGAAAUCUCAGUCCAUCCGGACUCUCACAUUGAACAGCAGCUUUAUCAGAACACCCACAGCUCGGAAUCAAACUGGGAUUAAUCCCCAUGGUCUCUGGGUGUUAGGAAGCCAGGACUAAUUGACCAUUGAGCUGUAUUGUUUGAUUAGUCUGUUCUGUGAGGAUGUGUGUGGGAUCUGUAACCUUUCUGCUUUUUCUGAUUUAAAAACCUCAAUAAAAUUGCUGCUUGCACAGGA